GAGUAAUUAUUUUUUCACACAUAACAUUAAUGUGUUAGAAAUCCAAAUUAAUGCAACACCCAAUCAUGAAUCUGCCACUUCCUCCACCACCACCUCCGUCACUACCACCACCGUCGUCACAUCCAUCACUACCACCACCAUCACCACAUCCAUCGCUACCACCACCACCACCAUCACCACAUCCAUCGCUACCACCACCACCACCACCACCUCGUCCAACCCUAAACCACCUCAACACAACCCUCUCAUCCCUCACCAACCUCCUCACUUUCUCAAACCAAAUCCUCUCAACCACCCCAAAACCCCAAACCCUAACCUCAAAUCUCAUCCCCUGCCUUUUCAACCACAACCACCUCCUCCCACCAUCUUCCCUCUUCCUCCACCAUCUCCGCUGCCCUUCCUCACCUCGCCCUCUUCCCGACCUCAACCACCUCCUCACCUCCCUCUCUUACCCCAAAACCCUCCACAAUCCUCAAUCCACUCACCUCUCUUCCUACUUCGAUUUCACUUCCAACUUUUUCUACAACAAUUGCCCCGGCGUAGUUACCUUCUCCGAAGCAAACUCCGUCGCUAAAACCGCAACUCUCCAUCUCCCUGAUUUUUUAUCCCGGGAAUGUUCAGACAAUUCCACCACCAACACUAAUCAUAAACCUCCCUCCAUUCUUCCCUCGGAAUAUAUCUACAUUUCCCGCGAAAUCGAAUCAUGGAACAAUUUUCCCUCAACCUACUCCACCUCUGUUCAUAAUGCAAUCCUAGGUAUUGGAAUUGCCAAAGAAAAUGACAUGGAUAAUUGGAUAAUAUCCAAUUCGCCUCGAUACGGAAUCGUAAUCGAUACCUCUAUGCAGUGUCAUAUAUUUUUGCUGUUUUCUUUGUGUUUCAAGUCAAUUCUAAGAGAAGGUUCUGUUUUGAAGAAUGCCUUAAUGUGGUUAGAAUCUCAGGUUUCGAUUCUGUAUGGUGUUAAUGGAAAAUUAUUUGUUCUUGAUUUCGUGAAAAAAUGUAUUCUGGCUGGUGCUUCGUUUCUGCUUUUGUUUCCUUUAGGGAAUAAUGAAGUUGAUGACUCUGUUGCUUCGAAGAAAGAAAUGAAUAAUGCAGAUUGUAUUCAGAAGAGGAAGAUUACAAUGCCACAAGUUGUUGCAGCGGUUGCGGCAUUGCACGAACGAGCAUUGCUUGAACGGAAAAUUAAGGGAUUUUGGUUUUCUCAUCCGACAAAUAGCUAUCAGCUGAAAGCUGAGCAUUGUUAUUUAUAUGACAAAGCUAAUGAAGAAAGGAAAAACCGUGUCGAUUAUAGGCCUAUAAUUGAGUAUGACUGGGUUCAUCGGCAGCAUUCAUAUCAGCAGGGAACACAAAAAGAGAAGACGGUCGAGGAGUUACUAGCUGAAGAAAGGGAUUACAAACGUAGAAGAAUGUCUUAUCGUGGCAAGAAGAGAAAUCAAGCACCUUUACAGGUGAUGAGGGAUCUGAUAGGGGAGUACAUGGAGGAAAUCAAGCUGGCUACAGGUGUUAAAAGCCCUGUCCGUGUUUCUGAAGACAGUCUGAUGCCUCCACCUAAACUGUCUUCUAGUCAUGCCAUUCCUAUGGAAACCAAUAAUUCAAGAAAAGUUAGCGAUGACUCACCUGCAGUACAUGUAGCUACUUCUAGAGAUUACGAACAACGUAAACAAAGACAUCACAGGAGUCAUCAUAAUGGAGGAGAUCGUGCUUCAACAAGCCCUGAAAGACAGAGAAGUCGAAAUGGAUCGCAUGAGCAUAGAGUUCAUCAUAAGAAACAAGAACUAUGAAGGCAUUAUACAGUGGUAUUAGCAUAUCAAGAUUCGGGGCUUUUAUCAAUGUAUCCUCCUUUGUAUCCUUAACUGUGAUAGAGUGUCUAGAAGCAUUCAUUGUAGUGAUUUUACUGUCUAUAUCAUCACUAUUGCAUUCUUUAUUUUCCCUCUCAAGAUAAAAGCAACAAAAUGCAAUAAUGGCAACCACAAUAAAAUCUAUUUCCAUUAAAAAGUUUUUAUUCUCUCAUUGCUCUACUUAAUUUCUAUUUUUUAGUCUAAUUACAUCUUAAAUGUGUAUCUAGGAUGAGUGAAGCAAGAUGUUAAUGUUCUACUUUAUUGAAUACUUUAACUACCAGAAAAGCAAUUAUAUUAGUUCCUAUGUCUUAUAGGAGUUAGAUCCUCUCCAUUUUCUUUGUCCAUUACUUCUUUGUGUUCUCUUCUCUCCCAAUUACUUGCUGCUAACUUUGGCUUUAAAUGUGCAAAGGCUGACCAAAGAUUGUCAUUAUUCAACUAUUUAUAUAUUGCAACAAAACUUAUUAUAUAUUAUAGCAUUAUCUGAUAUCAAAAGUUCUUUGAUGGUUAACUUAUUUUGAUUUGAUUUGAUUCAGGUAAAAUAAAACAGAACAUUUUGUUAUCUGCCUGAAUUCCCUCUAUUGUUUUUUUCUUUCUGUUUCUGUUUCUGAGUUACAUGCUCAUCAAUUGACUUAUCUUUGUUUCUACAUUGUUUAGUAAUAGAGAGACUCAGCUGCGAUGGAGUGAUUACAAGGACUACAGAUGCUAAUGUCUUCGGAGGUCUGGGUUCAGUGUGAGACAAUACCAAACUUUUUUAUUGCAAGAGAAGUCAUCUAAGUUCCUGCUUUGCACCAGAACUGGACAAUCUUCUGUCCUAAGAUGGACUGUGAACUGAUCUUCCCAUAUUUGAAAAUAAUGUAACUCUUUUGGAAGAAUAUUCACAGGUUGAUUAGAAGUUGUUGCAAGAGUCAUAGCAAGUUGAGCAAAAGCUUCAUAAGGUUGAGCAGGUUGUGCAUGAUCCUGAGCAGGGGUCUUUGUAUUUUUACUUGGGCUUCCUUUCUUGGAAUUCCCUUUGGGGCUACCCUAUAACAAAUGAAAUUUGAGAUAAGUCCUUGCAAAGAACAAAUGAUAGUAAAAAAGCAAUUGUGUAAAGAAUAAGGGAUAAUAACCCUCUUUUUUGAUUUUGUAUUCACAUUUGGAAUUUGGCUCCUCGAGUGAGUGUUUCAAUAUUUAUUGGCAAUUCACCAGGAACAACUACAAGUUGUUUAUUCUUCUUAUAUGUUCUGGUAUUGUGCCCAUAUUCUAAGCAUGUGUUGCACACGUGGCUUGUGCUUGUUCUUUGCCAUCUUGUUUGGGAUGCCUCAUCUGGUUCUCUUUUGCGGAGUUUCUUUGGCCUCCCUGGACCUCUCUUAAACAUUGGUGGCAACAUUUCAAGAUCAAUGGUCCUUGGCCAUAUGUUUUUCCCGUUUAGGGGAGUGAUAACUUUGUUGUAACGUGAUAUAUAAGUGGUCCUAUGAUAACACUUGUACAUACUUGAUGGGAUCAUCAAAUUUCCUAUGUAUUGCAGCAAAACCAUGUCUACAUGGGAUCCCAACCAAAUCCCAAAAUUUACAUGAACAAGUAUGUUUUUGCCAAGUCUACAACAAAACUAUCUGUAAACAUGACAUGUGUUACUUGAAAUGUUAAUAUGCAUAUGCUGACAACCAAUUUCCACUUUUUUCUAUCUCCUUCUAACCUAAAUGGUUUAAAAAUUAUCUCCCUUUUGUAAUUUUCUACCUUUUCCCUAGGUGUGGCAAACUUACCCAUAAGGUAGUUCCCGAUCCACAUAAACAUUGUUA